GACAACAGGAAGAGAGUUCCCUCUGUUGUUGUGAACAUUAUAUGAUUUAUUUCAUCCUCAUAAUGUAAGAGAGGAGCAGCUUUGUUCUGCACACGUUAUUCACUCCUCUAAUACUUUACUACGUGUGCGCGUGGUGAAGAAGGUUUGUCUCCGGGGCACGUGCACGAGGACACCAAACUGCACUGAAAAUCCUGCAGACUGUUUUUAUUCUACACACAGGGUUAGAGGUCACCAUGGGGUCUGCAGUGGAGAGGACAGAUGAACAUGUGAGAGAGUAUCUCAUCUACCGCGGCUUCACCAGCACUCUGAAAAACCUGGACCACGAGAUUAAAGCCGACAAGGAGAAAGGCUUCAGGGUGGAUAAGAUCAUCGACCAGCUGCAGCAUUUCAUCCAGAUCUUUGACCUGUGUGGUCUGAAGGAUUACUGGCUUUACCUGGACAGACGUCUGUUCUGCAGACUGGAAGAUGUUUACCGAUCCACUGUCAACAAACUAAGAACCAGCCUGUACAGAUACUACGUCAUCAACACCAUCCAGAAAGGCAACGUGGAGAAGACUCACGAGUUUUUCCAGAAGCAGGCGCAGGAGCUGCAGGGUCAGGCUGAGUGGCGCGAUUGGUUCAUCCUGCCGUUUAUCCAUGCACCCGAGCAGAACCCCGCCUUCUCUCCUUACUUCUCCCGCCAGUGGUCGGACACCUUCCUGGUUUCACUGCACAACUUCCUGUCUGUCCUCUUCCAGUGCAUGCCUCAGCCAGUCCUGCUUAGUUUUGAUGCUGAAGUCCAGAAGACAACCGGCCUGGCAGAAGAGAACGAACAGUACCGCCAGCUGCUGUUCGCUCUGCAGACAGAGUGUCGGGACCAGAGAGACGUAGAUGAAGUGAACCACCACAAGCUGCCGGUGUACGUCCAGAACAUGGACCGACUGGGAGACACUGAGUUGGACUUGGUGUCAAGCCAGCGUACUAUCAGUACCUCAACAACUCCUUCCAGAAACUUCUUCUCUACAUUCCUACCACAAGGCCGACGCACUCCAGGGAAAACGCCUCAGGUUACCACUGGGUCUUCGCCAAACCAGUUAACAGUGGGCAGAAAGGACACACCAAUCAAUCAGACUGCAAAGUCAAAAGAGGCGGUCCAACCUAAGGAGGUGAGGCCAGUUUCCAGCCAGCCAUUAACCAGUGAACCUUCAAGUUCCCAAUCCCAGCAAUCAACAAACCAGCAGACAAACCAGCAGUCACAUCCCAGACACAGGAGAGUCCAGGACCAUGAAAAAGAGAGGAAGGAGCUUUUCUCCAAACCACCAUCACAGAUACUAGAGAAAAAGGGGGAGGCAGGGGAGAUGGAACCUCAUGUGGAGACCUCCAGUGAAGCCCCUGACUCCUCCCUAAAUAGCAGGAGUGGAAGAGGAGGAACAGAGGGAGGAGGUCUUUCUGUGGAACAGCCUUUCAUUAAACUCAGCCAGGAGGAAUAUGGAGAACACCAUUCCUCCAUCAUGCACUGCAGGGUUGACUGCUCUGGUCGCCGGGUUGCCAGUUUGGAUGUUGACGGGGUUAUUAAGGUGUGGUCGUUCAACCCCAUCAUGCAGACCAAGGCCACCAUCAUGUCAAAGUCUUCUCUGCUGUCUCUGGAGUGGGCCACCAAACCUGACAGACUGUUGUUACUAGGCAGCGGUGUUGGCACAGUGCGGCUGUAUGAUACAGACGCCAAGAAGAAUCUUUACGAGAUGAAUAUCGACGAAACUCACCCACGUAUCUUGUCUUUAGCCUGCAGUCCCAGCGGUUCGUCAUUUGUGUGUUCGGCUGCAGCUCUGAGUCAGUCUGGAAGUACCGAAUCUCCUCGACUUCCUGUACCAGUGUCUGGACAACUGCUGCUGUGGGACACCAAAACUGUCAAACAACAGCUCCAGUUCUCUUUAGAACCUGAACCAGUAGCCAUAAACUGCACAGCCUUCAAUCACAACGGAAACCUGCUGGUGACCGGAGCUGCUGACGGAGUUAUCAGACUGUUUGAUAUGCAGCGCUAUGAGAGCGUUAUGAGCUGGAGAGCUCAUGAUGGAGAAGUUUACAGUGUGGAGUUCAGCUAUGAUGAAAACACUGUCUUUAGCAUUGGAGAAGAUGGCAAGUUUAUCGGGUGGAACAUCCACCGGUGUGGGGUGAAGCAGUCUGAGCAGGCUUUACCUCAGGACGCCACUGGACCUUUUGUCCUGUCAGGGUACAGCGGAUACAGACAGGUUCAGGUUCCUCGAGGUCGACUCUUUGCCUUCGACUCUGAAGGACAACACAUCCUGACCUGUUCCAGCUCUGGAGGACUCAUAUACAGACUGACCAAUGGGGAGCCGGCUCUGGAAAACGUGCUGUCGCUGGGCGGGCACAAAGCACCAGUGGUGACAGUUGAUUGGUGCUCGGCAGUGGACUGCGGGACCUGUCUGACUGCCUCCAUGGACGGAAAGAUCAAACUGAGCACGCUCCUGGCACAGAAGUCCUGAUUGAGGACCUAAUAGAGAACACCUGAGGGGUCAGACAUCAUCAGAGUUUAGUUUAAAAUAAACAGAUUCAGUUAUAGAUGGAGAUUAUUAGAAUGUAAUGAUGAUAAUCUAAUCAUGUGAUACAAAGUGUGACAAUUAGCAAACCUGUUGUAAAUUAA